AUGACUGAACCGAACGAUAUCCCAGUGGGUAGUUAUAAACUUGAAUUAGGUUCCAGUUUUAUGGAGUCCAAACGAGGGUCGACUGGACCAACAUUUCACACAUUACGAUACGAUUUCAAGCCGGGAUCUGUUGCGAACGAAACUGAAACAUAUAUUGGUUAUGGUGCGAAUGGCGACGUUCACGUAGCGAUGCCAAGCGAAGGCGAGAAUUUGAGCGUAUUCAAAGGCUCAAAGAAAGAAGCGAAACCGAAAGAGUGCCUCUUAUUUUUCGAUAGAAAAACGAAUACAGUUCGAUUAGAGAAAAUCAGUUCGAAUAUUCAAGUAAAAAAAACAAGAGAUGUCGAUCCGGCUACAGAAGCGUCGCUUCGCAAUGGAAUCGAGAGGCUUCGCGCAAGUUCGACACAAGAGACGCGUACGCCGCCGAAAAAAGAGCAGCGCGAGCGCGAGAGCAGCACGUCAUCGAGUUCGAGCAGCGGCUCAGGCUCCGAGUCGAGCUCCGACGAAGAAUCGGAUAAUGAGAAGAAGAACGAUUCAAGUGAAAGCGAUGAUGAUGAGAGUGCUCUCGUGAACGAGCUGAAUGCUUUGAAACCGAAAACCGAAAUGCAGGCGCCAGUUCAACAACGAGCUCCGCCACCGGCUGAAAACCUUGAUCCUAAAAGCAUAACGUGCUACGGUCUUUCACUUAGCGAGUCAUCAGAAGAUGAUGAACCAUAA